GCACCAGCCAGUGACUCUGUUCUGCAGGAAUUUGCCAACCUUCUGUCCUCUCAGCUUGGAAUACUUGAGUGGUGUAAAAACAACAACCCAGGUAUUUCCAUGGAGGCAUUGCUGACACAGCUCCACACCCUGGACAAUCAUUCAGCUCUCUAUAUUCUGCAUACUCUGACUCCUUUGCCUCAGUUUGAGGAGCGCAGGAUACUGGAUCUGCUGCAGCAGCUGCCAAAUCCACCAGGACCAGACGACACUGAGGCCAUCACGACUGUCAGCCCUGGUGCACAGAGGAACAUAGUUUUGUUUCAGGGGUUCUGUGCCAUGAAAUACGCCAUCUAUGCUCUUUGUGUCAACGCACAUAAAUACUCAAACUGCUCCGAGUGUGAGUCCACGCAUCAGCAGCCCACUGAAGCAGAAACAGACCAUAAUCAAACCUCUUCCUCAGAGGGUUUCCCUCUGCAGUUCCAGCACUACCUGUCAGAAUGUCAGCUCUAUCUGGAGGCCGUUCCAGCCAUGUUCCGCCUGGAGCUCCUGGAGAACAUCUUCUCCCUCCUCUUCCUGUCCACCGCUGACUUUAUGCAGCAGAUUCAAAAAGACACAAACUUGACUGCCAAUCAGGAGUGUUCAUCAGACACAAGAAACAAUAAUGUAGAAUCAGGAGCCAAGGCAAAGACAGAUGAGACUGAUAACUGCAGGAAAGAGCACCAGCAGCCGCGUGCAAGUUCACCAACAACAUCCCACCGUAGUCACCUGGACCUGGGACACUUCAUCCAGGGCUGCAGGGGUUUUGUGGUGGAUGUUGCAGCCAUGGAGGGUUUCCUGAAGCUCCUGAAAGAAGGCCUGGAGGGCAUAUGUGUGGUGGGUCCGCAGGAGGGGCAGGAGGGGGGAAGAGCCCUGCCUCGAGAGGCUGAGGCGGCGGAGAGCCUUGGCUGCUCAGUGACGGCGGAGACAUUCGGGGCUCGUCUGCAGAGGUUGUCCAAACGUACUGCAGAGGCUCAGUGGAGGCUGCAGAUCAUCACCAGCAACCAGGGCUGGGAAAAAGGCUCAGAGAGCCACCUCCACAUGUCAACGCCCGGCUCUGCUGAGACUUCUUUGAAACACAGUAAGAGCUCCAGUCUGAGGAGAAGGAAGAGACCAGGGAGGCGCGUUGCAGAGAGACAAACCUCCAUAGAGAAACACAACGGAGAAGUUAGCACCAGUGCAUCAGACGGGGGCGGAGGGACAGUGACAGCUUGUGUAGAAUUGGAGGUUUGUCCUUGCGGUGGUCCCCACAGCUGGCUGGUCCCUGCCAUGUUGUCCCCUCCAGAGUCUCUGCUAAUGUCCUGCAUCCGCCGAGGAAACUUCAUGGAAGCACGUCAGGUGUCUCUGGUGUUUGAUCUGGGGGCAUCUCCCUGUUGUGGCGAGCUGAUGUUCAUGGAGCGCUACAAAGAAGUUCUGGUGGAGUUGGGGCGGGUGGAGCAGAAGAUGGAUAACCAGCCUAUGUCAUCGUCAUCGUCCUCCUCGGAGGGGCUGGGGUCGGCAGCUGUGUCCGGCACAGGGAGGGCUCGGCUGGGCAGCAGCGGCCGGUCGACGCUGCAGGCCAUCGGAAGUGCUGCUGCUGCAGGUGUGGCUUUCUACUCCAUCUCGGACAUAGCAGACCGUCUCCUCAGUUCCCCCGCCCACCCGAUGCCAUCGCUGGAGGAAGACUACUGGCUGAGCUGCUGCUCUUCAGACCCGUCUGGCCUCCUUACCACGCUCCUGGAGGAGCUGAGCCCAGCGGCCAUGGCGGCCUUCGACCUGGCCUGCUGCCACUGUCAGCUUUGGAAGACGUCCCGGCAGCUGCUGGACACAGCAGAGCGCAGGCUCAACAACAGCCUGGAGACUCGAGGAGUAAGAAUUGACCCGAAAGUUCCUCAUUCUGAGGGGAUCUGUGGAUUUCCAAUGGUGUUACAACAGAUCAGCAAGAUCCUCAGUCACUUUGCAACAAAUAAGGGCUCUGUCAAAACAGAAGCUGUUAUGGAGGACCAAGUGUUUGCCAGCCCGUUCGGCUGCUGCAUUCAGGAAGUGCUCCUGUGUUGCCACCCAACCCUGAUGGAGGAGAGCAUCGCUGCUCGACUCAGUCUGGCUCAACGCUUGGAGACCACCCUGCACGUUCUGAGCACCGCCACAGAUAAUACAGAGGGCAUCGUGGGCAGCGCUCUUCUGGCGCUGUUAGUAGAGCAGGCCAGUCUGAAGCAGGCGGAGCUCGACGUUCACCCUGUCCGCACCAACAUGAAACUGCUGCUUUGUUCCCUGGACCAGCUCUGCCCCUUUGAGCCGGAUGGAGACCUCGCCAGACCAGAUUAUGUUCGCAGUUUCCUUGACUACGUCAACACGUUAGCAUCCGUGCUGGUGCGCAGCCUCGCUUCAGAAGACCAAAGUGGUGAAGUGAAGCUUGGGAAUCCACUGCUGGUGUUGCAUCAAGCCCCAUUUCAGCUCCUCUCCCACCUGCUAUUUGACAGACAGGUGUCUCCUGACAGAGUGCUGUCCCUGCUGCAGCAGGAAGGUCUGCGGCUGAGCGUCCAGCAGGUGAUUGUCCAGCGAUGCUGUGAGACUUUGCCCUUGUGGUUCUCUCGUCCAGCUGCUGAAACAGACUCUGAUCAAACCAAAAAAGAUGAUGGAGUGUUCAGCGUGGCCAGCUUGUCUGCCCUGCUCCAGCAGCAUGCUCAGGAGCACAAGACAACUCUGGGAAUCACAGAAACUCCUUCAGGCACUCACUCAGAUGCAAGCUCAGACUCUGAGGCCUCGGUGGAAGACCACUCUGCUACACCAACCAACCUCUCCACCUCACCUCCCUCUCAGUCAUCCUCCUCCUCCUCCUCCUCUUCCUCCUCUUCUUCAUCAAACUCAUUUCUCCUCACACCAUCGGCCCUAUCUUUCCUAAAGUCUCGCUCCCCCUUACUGGCCACGCUGGCGUGUCUGAGUGCAUGUAAAGGAGAAAACCCUCGGACACAAUCCUCCAGUUGGUCGGGAUAUUUUCGCAGCGGACGCAAGGAGGCCGUCCUGGAUGGCGAGCAGAUUUCUCGUGAAGCGGAUACUCUCCUGAAAAAUUUCCCUAUUCUCUGGGCCUAUCUUUACUCCAUGGCUGAACCAGUGCUGGGCGCCCUGUUGACUGAGGGAGAGGGAGGCUCUGCUGGACUCGGGGCGACGAUCUGUGGGAAACCUCUCGUCACUCUCCUGCUGUCUGGGCCACAGGAAGAAGUCACCCAGGCUGUGGCAGCUGAGGCCUUCCAGAAAGCUCUUUCCUCCAAAGACCUGCCCCGAGCUCUCAGCCUGCUGGAGCUGUAUGGGCAAGGUUGCAGCCAGGAGGGGGCGCUAAGAGACCAGCUACUUUCUUAUGCUGCUUUAGAGGAUGAGGUUGAAGGUACGGGUCAGCUGUUCCGCGUGCAGGAUGCGAACCUGCGAGCCCGUGUUGCCCUCCAGGCUCUGGAGCGAUGGCCUCUGUCGUCCUGCCUGGAGCUGCUCGACUUCUGCCUCAGUGACCUGAACACCGUGGCCUCGCUGAGAACGGACUUGGAGCUGAAGAAGAAAGAACUGGACAUCUACCGCUUGAUGUUGAAUUUACAACCUCGGUUGCCCUGGGCUACGUGGCAGGAGCUGAGGACUGAGUCGAAGACAAACCCUGAGUCCAUGUUGUCCCGAAUGCUGAAGGCAAAAGAGUUUGCUCUGUGUGCACAGUGGGUGGAGCUGUAUCCUGUGUCCGAGCAGCUGAGACUGCAGCUGAACACUGAGCACCUGCUUCAUCUGCUGGAGAAGGGACAGAGUGACGAAGCUUUUCAGUUACUCGAGGGCCUCUCUGAUUUCCUGGUCGGCCUGGAGAUUUGUGAGCGCGCUCUGGACCGCUGCCCCGGCCUGGCUGCCUGUCACUUCCUGGCUGACUAUCUCACCCUGCAUUUUCAGAGGCAGGUGUCUCCAUCGCGACGACAACACAUCCACGCUCUUCAUCUGGGCUCUAAGGUGUUACUGACUCUGCCCCCUGCAGCCAGGCACGACUAUUUCCCCCUGCUGUCCGAGCCUCUGCUGAUGCUGGAGCAGCUCCUGAUGAACCUGAAGGUGGACUGGGCAGACAUGGCAGUGAGAACCCUGCGGAGCCUCCUGGUUGGUCAGGAGGCGGGCUUCGGUGCCGAAGACAUCGAUAAGCUCCUGGCGGACUACGCCUCCAAGGCCCUCGACUUCUCCUGCGCCCCCAGAGAGCGGACCAGAUCCGACUCUGUGAUCAGCCUCCAGGACUCGCUGAUGCAGUGUCCUGCUCAAGACAGCUGCUCCUUAUCGUCCAGUCAAAUCGAAUCUCCAACGCCCUCCACAAGCAGCACUCCUACGCACAACUCCUCCUCGAACAGCACGGACAAGGAGAGGGAUCGAAGCUCAGCAGGGAGGAAACGUCGCUCGCCUGCCAAGUUCCAGCCUCCGGACCAACCCCCCGGCCGUAAAGACUGGGUCCCUGACAUCCAACAGCAUGUGUGCAUGGUCUGCCUCCGAGAGAGGUUCACCAUGUUCAACAGGCGGCAUCAUUGUCGGAGAUGUGGCCGUCUGGUUUGUCACGCGUGUUCUGAGCGUAAGAUGCUUGUAGAGGGAUGUCCAGGAGAAGAAGUCAGAGUCUGUGACCAGUGCUACACCUACUUUCACCCAGAAUCUGAUGAUGAGCUGGAACCAGCUGAAGUGGCUGGUUGCCCCGUGGUGACAGAGGAAGCCUUAGAUGGGAUGAUGCAUCUGCCCGAAGUGAUCCAGCAACAGAUCCAACUCAGCACAAACCCUGCAGAGAACCAGCUGCUGCGGAGCGAGUUCUACUACGAACAGGCUCCCAGUGCAUACCUCUGCGUGGCCAUAUUGUCUCUGCACAGUGACCAAACAGCGUGUGGACACCAGCUCAUCGUCCACUGCCGCUCUCUGUCCUGUAAGCUGACCAACCAGGAGGUGGACGCCUGCCUCCUCACCGACAUCAUGCGGCAGCUGCUCUUCAGCGCCAAGCUGAUGUUUGUCAAGGUCGGCCGCAGCCAGGAUCUCGCCUUGUGUGACAGUUACAUCAGUAAAGUCGACGUGCUUAAGAUUCUCGUGGCGGCCAAUUACAAAUACGUUCCUUCUCUGGAUGACAUUUUGGAGAUGUCUGCUGUCACACGUCUUCGUAAUCAGCUGCUGGAGGCCGAGCACUACCAGCUAGCAGUGGAGGUGUCUACGAAGAGCGGCCUGGACCCUGGUGGCGUGUGGCAGGCAUGGGGGAUGGCCUCUCUGAAGGCAGGAAACCUCUCAGGGGCGAGGGAGAAGUUUUCCCGUUGCCUGAAAGCUCCAGUGGACAGAAACCAGCUCAGCAUGGGUCCUUUGCUGCUGCAGGAGAUCGUCCAGCACCUGGAGACCAUUGGACGAUCCACUGUGGCCACGUCGUCUGGCGAGGACAUCUUGGCUUCGCUGCAGGAGCUGGAGGACACUCUGAGCGACACGGGUCCUGUUGAGCGACCAGAGGGACAAACGCAGAGCAGCGACCUCAACCAGGAGUGUCUGUACUACCUGAACACAUAUGGCACUCAUCUGGCUCUCAUCAGCUUCUGGGUGCGUCAUGACUCCAUGACAGAGGCUCUGACGUACCUGCUCAACAAGGAUUGCCCAGAGGAGGUGUUUCUAGAGGGUGUGUUGCAGCCCAGCCUGGAGCGGGGGCGCCUUGGCACACUGCAGGGGAUACUAGAGAAACUGGACCCAGGCCUGGAGACAUGCAGCCGCUACCUCAUCGCCUCCUGCCAGUUCCUGCAGCGGCGGGGAUACUUUAACACUCUCUACCAGCUCCAACAGUUCAUGAUGGAUCAUGUACGUGCAGCCAUGACCUGUAUCCGAUUCUUCACACAUGGAGCCAGUUCAUACCUUCAGCUGGGAGAACAGCAGCGCUGGUUGGUCAGAGCCAAAGAGCACCUGAGGGCGUAUCUUCAGGAACAGCAAGGUCGGGGCGCUGGGAGGAGAAAAUCUCAGGUCAACUCAUUUAGGAAGAUGAUGUCGUCCAGUGACGUGUCCAGGCACAUGAACACAAUUGAGCUCCAGCUGGAAGUGACCAGAUUCCUCCAUCGCUGUGAGACUGCUGCUUCCUCCAAGACGCCACAGACCAGUACACCUACCUCCAAGUCCUCUGCAUCCGGUUCACCACCCACACUGUUUGGAGGAAGUCCAGUGAAGGUUGAGGUCGCCUGUAAGGUCAUGCUCGGAGGAAAAAACAUAGAGGAGGGGUUUGGCAUUGCUUACAGAGUCAUACAGGAUUUCCAGCUGGAGGCGCAGGCCGUCUACACGCGUGCCGGUCAGAGGCUCGUCAGACAGCGGCAGUAUGGAGCCGUGCGGCAGCUGUUCAAAUGUGUCAGCGAAUCAGGCACUGCCACCAAAAACGACUGCGACGCCCUCAUCCUCAGCUGUGUCUCCAUCGCAGAUAAGGGGCCGUCUGAUGCGAGAGAGCUGGAAAGUCUCAUUCUAGAAACCAAGAGCACAGAGAGCAAGAUCAAAGCUUACCUGCUGUGCGGUAAACUGCGACCAGCGUACCUGCUUGCUGUCAAGCUGGAGGCGAGCCGCGCGGGCCCGUUGGUCCAGGACGUCCUUCAGGCGGCUGAGGGAGCGCAGGACUCAGUGAUGCAGAAUAUCUGUCGCCAGUGGCUGUCUGAACAUCACAGCAAGUCAUCUCAGCAGCGCCAGGGCCGACCCUCGGCCAGGUAACGGCACAACGGGGGAAUACACCGAGCACUUAAACUCAAACACGGAGCACAAACGAGUGGAUUCAGGGUUUCUGACGUCGCACAGGUCUAUAGAUGUGCGGCUGAGGGAUUAGCCUGGAGAUCAAUAUGACUGCAGAUUAUAGUGGAUGAUGAUUGAAGCACCACCAGUUUAUUAAAACAUCAGAAAAUGAAAGAUUGAACCAUUUGAGAGAUCAUCUGUUAUGUGAUGAGAUCAUAGACAGUCUCCCACUUGUUCUUUGGCUCCAGGUGCCUCAUGCUAACACCAGCAUAAACUGCAUAGCUAGGAUUUAACCAAGUAUUAAGAGUUUCCUACAGUUUGAGCAUAAACCAGGCUUCUACAUUACCCAUUAUGCAACUUUACUGUCGACAGUUCAGGCACAGAUCUGUGUGUUAUGAUAACAGUGGAUAAUCUGCCCUGGUUGCUAGCCUCAGACGAGGAGUGGCCUGUCGGGAUCAGUCAGGACGGGUUUGAGCAGAAAUUUAAAAGAGUUCAUUUAGGUUCGGUGUUAGCUGGGCUGUCAUCUUGAUUGUUCAUGCUGCACAUGCCUGUAAUUAGAGUUAACAUACACAAACAGAAUUCUCUCAGGCUCAGUCGGGUUAAGACAGAAAAUUGCAGCCUGAGCUUCACUGUAAUGUGCAGGUGAACUCAAUGACCCUGUUACGUCUCUGUUAAAGACUCCUGUCCACGCCCAUCACUGAUACCAGGUGUGGUCAGAUUCAUCGAGAGCAGUGCAACACAGAUAUUCAUCCUGAAGCGGUCGGUUACUGUUUCAGUGGAAGCGUCCAGAGACCCUGAAGGUCGCUGUCUCUCUUUGUGUCGAACGAAUCACCAACGUGCUUUAUUUACAUUCUUGAAAUAUUUUUGCUGUUAUCUUUUGAUGUCAUCUGUACAGAACUUGAGAGGGAACAGUGUGAGUCACAACGACUGCAAUGUGAACCGGAACAGUUACGCAAUCCAAGCAUAUCUUUACAGUGAGACGAAGGUUUGUCUCCUACCUCAAUCUAAAGGGAAAAUGUCUUUGACUGACUGGAGGGUCUCUGACAGAUUCGUUACGUGAAGGUCUUUCUUCUCCCCAUUCCUAUUUCCUCACUGCAUCUGUGUGUGUUAAAGGUUUUUAAUUCAGGCGUAAAAAAAAGUGUUUAGAAAGAUGUGACAUCCGCCAAGAACUGUACAUGUGAAAAAUGAAGUCCUGUUUUUGUAAUCCUGAUGAGGCUGUUCACCUGUUUUACAUUGUCCAGCACCUUUUCUGUCCAGCUUUCAGUAAAUGUUCCCUUUUAACAAGGGAAAUCAAACAGUAUUUAAGGGCAUUUAAAAUGUUGUAACUGUAAAGAGUUUUAGGUUGGAUAUAGAAAGGGACCCGAUUAUAGAUCAGGUUAAUUCAUUAUCCAUAAAAAUCAUCUCUGUCGUGAUUCGUCCCGUCUCUGGAUGGAUCCUUUUUUACGUCUCCUCUUAUGUCGUCGUGUGUUUUGCUUGUGAUUACUCAGUGUUUUAAAUUCAGGCUUUGUUCUCAUGUGAGACACAAAUUCAUCCUGAACAAGUCGUAAUAAAUAACUUAUUAAUUUAUAGAUCAUGAGUCGAAUAAGGAAAACUAAAAAGGGAUCUAACUGUGGUCAUGUGAGGUCUGACGUGUGUAUUGUUGUUUGUCCUGCUUUUCCGUGAAAACCUUGAACGGGAAAGUGUAGCGCCAUAAAUUUUAUCUUUUAAUUCACUCACACGACAAUCACCCAUAUCGCUGAAGCUGCCUUGUGAAGAAUGUUUAUUUCAGAGACGUUCUGAUCUCACGGUCAGGAAGUACAUCUUCAUUUCAGAGGAGAUACUGUGGUCGCUCUUUGCCUUGAGUCCCUGUGCUGCACUAGUCUGAAGACUGACGCCGACAGCUCUUCCUGCGAGGGCGAGUGAUGAUUGGCGAGAGAUAAAAAAGAAACCAGUCUAGGCUUUUGAGAUUUACGACAUUCUUGCACUCAAAUCUUCCUUAACUUGGACUGUUGUCUCAUCACUGCCGCACUUUAUAUUAGUGAGUUAAAAAAAUGAACUUCUUUGGGGGGAAAAAGUGAAAAUAUUUAAUAAAGUCACUGGUUCAAUGAUGCAGGAAGUCCUGGUUUUUGAAAUGUAUUUGAUUUUGCCAUCCCUUGUAAAAUAAAAAAAAUUAAACAAUAAAAAGAAAUGUAAAAAGAUGGGGUGAUGAGCGUGAUGCUGCCCAGCUUCUUAAAAUUUAAAGAAAAGUAAAUCAUUUUGGAAAUUCCAG